AUGGGUAAUAAACAAACUAUAUUUACCGACAAGCAGCUUGAUGCCUACCAGGACUGUACAUUUUUCACCCGCAAAGAAAUUUUGCGGUUACAUGGCAGAUACCAUGAGUUGGCUCCACAUCUUGUACCAAUGGACUACACCAAGGAGCCUGAUUGCCAAGUGCCUUUAGCCUUGAUAGUCAACAUGCCAGAGUUAAAGGAAAAUCCCUUUCGAAGCAGGAUCGUCGAGUCUUUCUCAGAAGACGGGCAGGGCAAUCUCAGCUUCAAUGAAUUCGUGGACAUGUUCUCAGUCCUCAGUGAAAUGGCUCCCAGAGAACUCAAGGCCAUAUAUGCCUUCAAAAUAUAUGAUUUCAAUGUGGACAAUUACCUGUGCAAAGAGGACCUGGAAAAGACUCUGAAUAGACUGACAAAGGAGGAGCUGACUCCCGAGGAGGUGGAGCUGGUGUGUGAGAAAUCCAUCGAGGAGGCCGAUCUGGACGGAGACAGCAAACUCUCCUUUGCUGACUUUGAGAAUAUGAUAUCUAGGGCACCUGACUUUUUAAGUACCUUCCAUAUACGAAUCUGA